AUGCUCUUGGAUGUCUUCGAGCUGCUGUCUUUGUCUACCUCCCAUUCUCAACCUGCGUUCUCUUUCUCGUAUGCGAUAUGCUUCUUCGACAUCUCUCCAUCCACGCGUCCAAGCGCGUAUACCCUCAAGAAGUGCCCCGAUGGUCUCCUCGUUGUAUUUUUCCGUCUUACGUCGAGUCCAUUGUCUUCGCCCAGUUUUAUGCGACCUGGUCGCGGUUAUCUGGUCAUGCUGUUCUUGCCAGGCUUCAACCCAGCUGACCAACCCAUUAACUGUACCUUGAAGCCCUUCAAGGUCCGCCGUCUCUUCCCAGAGUUCCUUCUGCCUGCAAGGGAAUCAGGUUGGUCAAUUUGGGGCUACAGAUAUGCUCUGUCUCAUUCUUCGAAUUUCCCGGUCACAAAGAUCAUAAAUUUGCAGCGACUCUCUUCUGCGUUUCUUGAACUCUUCACUGAGUUCGGUGAUUUCACUGAGGACGCUUGUCAGCUCCUUGAUAGAUACCUUUUUGGUGCUGGAAAAUCCAACACCGUUAUUAUAAUGACGAGUGCUUGGAGCAUCUGGAGUCACGGCUCUCGCGCAUUCCGUGCAGACACCUUUGGGACGACAUCGGCUAAUUUCUUGGGUCAGUCCUGGACGUGGAUCGAAAAUGGAUUCAAUGCUGUCAAGGCAGCUGCUCAGAAAAAUGUUUUGCUCUUCUGA